AGUGCAAAAUGGCGCCUUGAGUUCAGUUGAAUUCACGCGCCCUUUAAAAGUUACCUCAGAUAUACCUGUUUUUGUCCGGUUUACCUGAAUUAGCUUCCAGGCUAGGCUAAUUUUAGUUCAUUUCUAGGUUUAAAAAUUAAGGAUGUUUGUGGCGAAAAGCAUCGCGGCUGAUCAUAAAGAUCUGAUACAUGAUGUUUCUUAUGAUUUCCACGGCCGCAGGAUGGCGACCUGCUCCAGCGACCAGAGCGUCAAGGUUUGGGACAAGAGCGAGAGCGGCGAGUGGCACUGCACGGCGAGCUGGAAGACUCAUAGUGGAUCCGUGUGGCGUGUGACGUGGGCUCACCCUGAGUUCGGCCAGGUUCUCGCGUCCUGUUCGUUCGACCGCACCGCCGCCGUGUGGGAGGAGAUUGUUGGCGAGUCGAACGAUAAACAGCGUGGCCUCAGUCACUGGAUAAAGAGGACAACGCUGGUGGACAGCAGGACGUCAGUGACGGACGUGAAGUUCGCGCCAAAGCAUAUGGGUCUGGUCCUGGCCACCUGCUCAGCCGACGGUGUCGUGCGCAUCUAUGAAGCUCCAGAUGUGAUGAACCUGAGCCAGUGGAGCCUCCAGCAUGAGAUCUCCUGCAAACUCUCCUGCUCCUGCAUCUCCUGGAACCCCUCGAGCUCGCGUGCGCACUCUCCUAUGAUCGCAGUCGGCAGCGACGACAGCAACGUGACCUACACCGGCAAAGUGCAGAUCUACGAGUACAACGAAAAUACUAGGAAGUAUGCCAAAGCAGAAACCCUGAUGACCGUCACUGAUCCGGUCCAUGACAUCGCCUUCGCCCCGAACCUCGGGAGGUCCUUCCAUGUCCUGGCCAUAGCAACUAAAGAUGUGCGCAUCUUCAAGCUGGUUCCUCUGCGGAGAGAGAGCUCCACAAGUUCGGGCUCCACCAAGUUCGAGGUGCAGCUGAUGGCUCAGUUCGACAGUCACAACUCUCAGGUGUGGCGUGUGAGCUGGAACAUUACCAGCACACUGCUUGCCUCGUCAGGGGACGACGGCUGCGUCCGACUCUGGAAAGCUAACUACAUGGAUAACUGGAAGUGUACAGGGAUCCUGCGGGGUGACGGAAGCCCGGUGAACGGCUCCUCCAUCUCAGUGGCAGGUCUGAACGCUGCCGUGCCUUCGGGAGCUCAGACCAGUGGAGUAGGAGCAGCAGGAGCUGGCAGAAAAAAGACUCAACUGAUGCCAGGCUAAUGGAGAUUGGCUGUUUGCUGCAUGACACACACACACACACACACACACACAGAGAGACAGAAGUCUUCAUUCCCCUUCAGUCACACCUCCUCAUCCUACUAAUACAAAAGAGGUGAUUCCUGAGUGUGAAUAAUGGACCAUAAAUACACACCCUUACCGCCUGUCAUGUUUUUAUGUUAAAAAAAAAUAUAUAUAUACAAUAAUUUGUCUUGUUCAUUUUGUUUGUUAAUUUUUCUUAAGAAAAACAAAACUUGUGGUAACCAACAAAAAAUUUACAAUUUAGUAAAAAAUGUGCAAAACAUAAAUAAAUAAUGCAAUAAAUAAA